AUGAAAAUGAAGUGGCUUGUCCCCGUCUUACUUCUUGUUCAGGCAAACUACCUUUCGUCCUGCAUUUUUGAUAAAGUGGAGGAGGUUUCCGGUCGCAUUGAACGAACUUUCAACAGCGAUCUGAAUGGUGAAGACUGUCCUUCAAGGACAACAUUUUUCCACUCUGCUAAGUGUGGUGUUCCUGUCGCCAACGUGUCGUAG